CAAAAGGACACAAAACUUAAAUAAACAGUAAAUAUAAGCACACGCGUAAACAAAACAUCGCGCAUUCGUUAAUUAUCACUACGGAAGUGGCACUACUGCGCAUGCGCAAUAGGUUUUUAAUUUAUUCAUUAUUAUUGAUUAUCUAAUUAUGGUUGAAUGUUUUCUUUUUUAGGGAAAGGGAGAGAAAGAGGAGAAUGGCAACUAAAGGGCACGACUAUCAAGAUGAUUUAGACUCCGAAUUCGAUUCCUCUGAAAGAGAAAGAAGACAUACGUGGAGAGACGAUCCUCUCUCAAGCAAAACAAGAGAACAGACCGCACCCUCUCACUCCACAAUGCUACCGCCGAAAACGGUACUCGUGGACGAAAGAGACAGAGAAGAGGCUCGGUCGCGUCGCUAUCACUUAUUAUCACUCGACGCAUAUUCUCGGCAUAAAAUGAUGAUUAAUCGCUAUCUCUUAUCGACUGGGAAGACAAUUAAAAAUGUUGUUCGCUCGUCCGAAAAGGAUCGUAAUGACUACGACAUCCUUCGUGAGGAGCAUAGGUUUCUAUGGGAUGACACUCCACCCACGACUUGGGAGGAAAAACUAGCAAAAACGUACUACGACCGUCUUUUUAAAGAAUACUCGAUAUCUGAUUUGAGUCGAUAUAAAGAGAAUAAAGUUGCCCUUAGGUGGCGGACGGAAGGCGAGGUCAUAGAGGGGAAAGGUCAAUUCGUGUGUGGGAACCGUCGCUGCGAUACAAGGGAUGAGCUCACCAGCUGGGAGGUUAAUUUCGGAUACGUGGAAAAAGGAGAGAAGAAGAACGCUCUUGUGAAGCUAAGACUUUGUCCGUCUUGCUCGAAGAAGUUGAACUAUCAUCACGCGAAGAGAGCCUGGAAGAGGGAGAGAAAGGAGGAGAGGAGAGAGAAAAAGAGAAAAAAGAGGCGGAGAUCAGAUAAAAGUAAAAAAGAAUCUCCAAGUACUGAUGAUGAUGACAGUCGAGACUCUUCUGAUGAUGAUGGCCAGUCUUCAUCGAAACCCACUUCUCAGACUAAAGAGGGAGAGGAGACAGAGAGAGGGGGAGACGUGGGUGAGAUAUGGAACAAGUCAGCAAAGGAACUAGUAGAGAAGACCAAAGAAGAAGAGUUUGAUGAUUAUUUCAAAGACAUGUUUAUGUAAUAAUUGUUUACUCGUUGUAUUAACUUAUCUCUCUCUCCUCCCCCCUCUCUCUCUCUCCUCCCUCCUCCCCUCUCUCUCCUCCCCUCUC